CAGGUUAUCAGGGUCCGGGGAGACACACCGCGUACAUUGUUAUUCAUAUCAUCUACACACCGUUUUUUUAUGGUGCCUUUUUCACUUCUCUUCGUGCACUGAGACACCCCCCACACACCCACCCACCCCCAUUCCAUGUCUGCGGUGUCACACUGGCAUAAUCGCUGGUCAGGGGCAAGAUUGACUGCCUCUGGGGAACCUAGCCCUUCUCUGAUUGAGGGCAGGAAAAAGAGGCGAAAGAGAGUAGAGAGGGAGGAAGCAACGAUAAAUGGGGAGAAUACGGUGAUGGAAGAGCUCACCGCUUUCGUGUCUAAGUCUUUCGAUCAGAAAGUGAAGGAAAAGAAGGAAGUGAUAACGUACAGGGAGGUGUUGGAGACCGGCUCUGCGCGUGCGGGGAGCAGGGAGGCUUUAACUGCGGAGCCCGGGAGCAGAGAAGAGGCGGCGGUCGUCACCCGGAACGUUGCGCUCUCACCGGGAAGGGAAACGGACAUGCUCAGCCCGGAAAGAAUCAGGGACGCCGGGAGUCCUAAACUCAUUGACGGCAACACGGACGUAAAAGAAAGGAAAGAGGACUCGAAGCCUAUAGAGGACGAGACACAGACUAAAAUCAAACAAAGGAGAAGUCGGACUAACUUCACGUUAGAGCAGCUCAACGAGCUGGAGCGGCUGUUUGACGAAACCCACUAUCCGGACGCCUUCAUGCGGGAGGAGCUGAGCCAGAGACUGGGACUGUCAGAGGCCCGAGUCCAGGUUUGGUUCCAGAACAGAAGAGCCAAAUGCAGAAAACAGGAAAACCAGUUACAUAAAGGAGUCCUGAUUGGAGCAGCGAAUCAGUUUGAAGCUUGUCGUGUAGCGCCAUAUGUCAACGUGGGGGCUUUACGGAUGCCAUUCCAACAGGAUAGUCAUUGCAACGUGCCGCCCUUCUCCUUUCAGGUGCAGGCUCAACUGCAGCUGGACAGCGCCGUGGCCCACGCGCAGCACCACCUGCACUCUCACCUGGCGGCGCACGCGCCCUACAUGAUGUUCCCCGCGCCGCCCUUCGGCCUGCCCCUGGCCACGCUCGCGGCCGAGUCGGCCUCCGCCGCCUCCGUUGUAGCCGCAGCCGCAGCCGCUAAGAACACCAGCAAGAACUCCAGCAUCGCCGACCUGAGACUGAAGGCCAAAAAGCACACAGCCGCACUGGGACUGUGACGCCAGGAAGGCGCGAGGACACGGGGCGUGCGUCAACUGCGUGGCACGUCAUCGCCACCGAGAGACACUGAACAUAAAGGCUUAGGCUCCCAACCCGAGGACACACUGAGAAAAAAUACUAUCCAAGGACGAUAUUUAUGUUUUCUUUUUUAAUGAAGGACGACGAGUAUAACUAUAAAAAAAUAUAGGCUAUUUAUGAGAUAAAGAAAAGACUGACAAGAAAAAAAGACUGUGACGUGAUAGCCUACACAGACGUGGUUUUUGGACUCCAGAGCCGUGGCGCAUAUGGGACAAAUAGCAAAAGGCUCCGCAGGUCCCUCCUCUGAGGCCCCGGAGCCGAGGAGGGCCACGGGACACCCCGAGGAGGAGAAAGAUGCAGCUGGGACGGUCGAUUCUUUGUCAAACAAGGCGAACCAUUCUGCAAUAGUUUUGGGUUUUUUGUUUUAAUAUAAUAUUAUUAGUGUUAUUAUUUCAUUCUGAAUCUACAUAGAGGCUGGCCUCGGUAUAUUUCAAAACACGUUCUCUGUAAAAGGACAGAGCGGGGAUUCUUUGGCAAAACAGGGAACAUCAGAAGUGUUUGUCCCUCUUGUUCAAAUUUGAAGAUGCAGUGUUUUGCAUGAUGAGUUUGUUUUCAUGGAUGCCCUCCCCCUCCUCCUCCCUCUUCCUCCCCUUUUCAACUCUCACUUGAAUGUUUGGCCUUGUUUGGACCUCCUCUGGUAAAGGUGAAAUGAACAUACCAGAAAUGUGAGAUUAUAAUAGAUGUGCAGGCUAUGCUGAACUUUUUCUGUCAGGAUAACCCGUAGUGUCCAUAUUUGCAAGGCGGUCCCACCUAAAGGACAACAUUAUGUCACAUGUCAUCUCCACUGAACACCGACAGACAGUAACAGGGGGCGAGGACUGUAUGCGAACCGGUACGGGCACGUGUAAAAUAUGUUUAUACACGAGAAACAUGCAUUAUUUUUAUUAUUUAGUGGCUUUAUGAAUGCCUUGUGGGGACUUUGUUCAUUUUUGUAUUUUCCUUUAUUUCUGUGUAUUAAAAAUCAUGUGCUUUCUGUAAUUUGAUGUUUUUAUAACAGUGAAAGUGAACUUGAGGCACGGGUUUCUAAAGAAUAUUCAUGAAAUUGUUUUACUUUUUUUCCAUCACUUAUGUGAAACGUGAAUCCGCCUAAAACAAAAAAUGUUUUUUUCUUUCCUGUAAUAAAUUAACUGAAGUUUCUUUAA